UGGACGUAACGCAUUUGUGUAUGUCCCGGCGUUCCUACUUGGUUCGCUGCCGGUCAGGCGCUUGGAAAUGUUCCGAAUUGGGCUAAAAUUUCCGUAUCACGGAUUACCACGGAUAUCACGACAUAACCCUGUGAGACUGUAUCUUGUUCCUCGAUGUUACGCAAGUAAAUAUCCUGAGUCAAAUAAGAGUAGGAGCGGGACAGGUUUUAAAUACACUGUUGGCACAUUGACUGUAGCUACAGUUGCUACGUUUGCCUACGCCGCUUAUGACAAAGACUUCCGAAGAUGGCUGGGUGGCAAUGUGCCUUACUCAGAGGAGUUCCUCAAAGUCCUGUUACAGGAAGAAGGAACUUACCUUGAACAGUUUCAGGCUGUGUAUGAACGCUUAAAAUCCACGAUCUAUGAAAGCCUGUUUGGAAAAAAGGAAGAAAAAAGAGUGGAAGAAAAAGUGAAAGUAGAGACUAAAGAAGAACCACCAAAGAAGGAAUUUAAAUUUUCAGCACCUGAAAUUGAUAAGCGACCUCCAGCUGAAAAGGAUCUGAAGAAACUUCCAGAAACACAUGUGAAGAACUUGGCCGAUCUGGAGAGUAAAGUCUCAACUUUAGCGAUAGCUGCAAUUUCAGCCUAUGAUGAUGCAGCAAAUGCAGUAAGAGACUACAGUAAAAACAUCUAUCAUAUAGUUGAGAAGUCUGCAGAGACUUUGGAUGCAGAUGUGUGGGAUAAAUUGAAGAAGCUGGUAGCAAAGAAGAAUGAAGCUGUUGUCAAAGCUGAAGCUAACGCUAAAGAAGCGCUAGAAAGCAUCGAGAAGAUGAAGAACAUCCUGAAAGGUGGUGUAGACAAUGUAUCCAGUGAACUGUUAGAAAAGUAUAAUAAGAAUAUUGAGAAAUUGCUGGCCGCAGUUGCCGAUGCAAAGAAUGAAUUGGGUGAAGUGAGAAGAAAUGCAAGAAUCACAGAGAAGUAUUGGGAGAAAGUGGAAGCGGCACGGAAGUAUUUUGAAGAAGAAUUAAAAGUAUUAUUUCCUGGUACCAGGAUUAGUGAUAAACAGAUAAGACUUAACGAGGAAGAUCUAGACCUUUUCAUUAUGUAUGCUGUUUCAAAUGUAUUGUACUAUCAGAAAGAACUGAAGAAGCUAGAGACAGUCGGAGAGGAUCGUCUCAGAAGGGCUUUGGAAAAGGCUGGUUCGAAAGAUGAAGCUGACUUGAUUACUGCUAAAGUUCAAGCUCAGCUUGAUAAAGAACGUAGGGAGUUGGAACUGGAAUACCAGAAGAAAGCAUUGGAGCUCCAAAUUGAGGCAGAGACUGAUGUACGUCAGCAGCUGAAGAUCCAAACACAAGCUCACAGUGACCAUUUGGCCGAUGUACUUGCUGUUAAAGAGAAGGAAAUGGAACGGCACUUCAACAGAAUCCUAAACGAGAGGCUAGAGCAAGAACAGUCUGCAUAUAAGAUACAGAUUGGUGCUUUGCUUGGACGUCUGAGGGGCAUGGAUGAUGCUCUCAAAUCACGGGCAGAAAACGAUAAGCACGCACGUCAGGCUCAGUUACUGUGGAGCGCGUGUCAGUCACUACAUCGAUGUCUGAAGGCAAGCAAACCUGGUGUUCCUUGGCGACAGCAGCUGCAACCCCUCAGAUCGGAGAUUGAAAAUGUUAGCAAGGCUGCAAAUACAGAUGAUGAGCUGGUGAAAGCCGUGCUAGCAGGCAUUCCACCCGAAGCCGCGGACCGUGGCGUAUAUACGGAGGAAGCGAUGAGGGAACGUUUUCUUAAAGUUGAGCGAGUUGCUCAAAGAUUAGUCUUGAUUCCUGAGCAAGGAGGAAGUCUACCUCUGUACUUCCUUUCAUUUUUACAAAGUUUGUUACUUAUUAAGGCAGUAAAUCCCAUCCCAGCAGCAGAGUUGGCAGAUGAACCUGUUGAAAUUGCUCAGCUUGACACAUAUGAUAUCCUGCAGAGGGCCAGGUACUGGAUAGACAGGGGUAAUUUCAGCAUGACAUUACGGUACAUGAAUCUAUUGAAGGGAGCGUCGCGUCGCGUGGCCCAGGAUUGGAUAAAUGAGACACGAAUUCUUUUAGAAACACAACAAGCAGCAAAUACACUAAUGGCACAUGCAGCUGCUUCUGGCCUCCUGUAUGUUUGAGGAAGUUUAUAAAAAUCUGUAUAUAAAAAAGAAAAGACUACACAAACAAAUUGCCAAACAUAAAAGUAAUAAGAGUUUGCAAUGUUGGUGGUGUAAUGACGCGCAGUCCACCCCACCCGCCUACCUGGAGCUGAUCAUAUCACUGCCUCAUGACAUUCUAUUUCUGGAUUCUUAUCGCUGACUGGUAUCGGCUGAUGUGCUUUGAGUACGUGUCUUUUCAGUAAAAUAUGUUUGUGAAAUUUUCAGACUGGGAAUUUGCCGGAACUGCAGAUAAACACGUACUGAUGAAGUAGGUGAUUUUAAACAUUGAUCGCGUUGUUUCUGUACAUGUAUGUGACAGAACGCUGCAUAAGUAUAAAAUGUAAAUUUCAGAAGCAGCGUUAAUUGAUGUGGAAAUUUGGAAAGUUUUCUGCCACUAAUUUAUUUGGACUUUUUGGGUAAUAUUUUCUGUUUACAUUUAGCACAGAUUCGUCAGUACUUAAGGGAUUUUACCGCAUUGUACGUUCUUUCAUUGCUGGCGUUACAUCAGCUGUUGACUCCUUUGCAUUAAAUAACUUGUGGUUCUGAUGUUUACUAAUAAGUUAAGUGUCAUUUACACAAGUGUCAUUUAAAUUUUGAAUAAAGUAUAUGAAAGUUCUGUUGCGGAAAAUCAAAAACUGUGAUGCGUAAAGCCAUGGUUUGGUUGGGGAGGACCUGUGUGCUUUGUGGUACAGUUUAUGAGUUGUGUAUAUAGAAGUAAUAAACAUUCAGCGUUCACUACCAGACAUCCAGUAUUCCAGUACUUGGUGAAGAUAAUAUAGACUUAGAAUUCGGGACAUUUGUAGGAUGGGGUGCAAGGAUGUUACGUAUUUCACGUCGCCGCUGACGGAAAACUGUCACAACCUCGCACCACACUCGGUUACAAAGUUAGACUUUGUUACGGGAUUCACGACGAUAGUGAAAUACAUUUUUAACGUGGUACUGCCGCCUGUAUGAAGAAAUGUGUGGGGUGCGUUUGAAUCAAACAGGAUAUACUUAUUUGUUGCAUUUCUUAUUUUAUUAACUUUUUAGCAAGUUCUUCACUUACAUCAUUGAUUUUGAAAGUCUGAUGCAUUUAUAGAAGUAGUAUUUUCUUUAGUAUUUGUUGCUGACAUUUUGACGAGAUAGGUCUAAUGCUCGGUAACUGCUGUCAUUAUCUGUAGAGCUUCGUAUAAGAAGGGAAAGGGGCCAAAGAACUCAGAUGUUUGAAAAUAACUCCAAUGUCCCAUAACCUGUAAACCGCUUAUGGUAGAUAGUACUACCUAGAUAUGUAACCACUCAUUUUCAUUUGAUUUUUUUUUUGCCUUCAUUGCGUUUUGCGCUUCAUUUGUUGAAGUGUACGUCAGCUUCUUUUGAUCAGAAAUUUUAAUCAAUAAGGAUUUAUGAUUCUGAUUUGUAAGAGGUGUAAUGUUGUACUUAUUAAGUUAUAUUAGUACGGUAGUGCAUAUUUUUUGAAUAACUACCUUGUACAAAAGCCUUUAUAUGUCGGUGUAUGUAGAAAAGUGCCUCGUUCUAUUAAUACAUAUGCGCAUACGUGUUUGAAGAUGAUGCAAAAGAGAAAGUGUGUGGUUUGAUAUCUAGGCUACUUUGCCCUACUGUUAGGAUUUGUAGUAAGAGAUAGAAAACAGAUGUUUAUAAUUAUCGGCCCAAUAAAUAACGUUAUUGAUGGAA